AUGGGUUUAAACAGAAGAAAUAAAAAGAAAACCCAGGGUCUUUUCUCUUCAAAUAACCAAAAAUCAAAACCAAUCAAAAAAGCAACCUAUUUUGAUUCAAAAAAAAAAGAAGUUGGCGUUUCAGACCUAACUCUCUUGAGCACCAUCACUGAUGAGGCAAUCAACGAAAAUUUGAACAAAAGAUUUCUUAAUAACUUCAUCUACACUUUUAUCGGUGAUGUUCUUAUCAGUAUAAAUCCCUUUAAGGAUUUGGGCAUAUACACAAACGAAACAAUUGAUUCCUACAGAAACAAAAAUCGUCUUGAAGCUCCUCCCCAUAUUUUUUCAAUAGCUGAAUCAAUGGUCUACAACAUGAAGUUUUAUAACCAAAACCAAGCUUGCAUCAUCUCUGGUGAAUCUGGUGCUGGCAAAACCGAAGCUGCCAAACAAAUCAUGCAAUAUAUUGCUGCUGUCUCUGGCUCUCCCUCAAACCAAAAUCUAAACCCAAAUAACCCCAACAAUUCCAUUCAAAAGAUCAAAGAAAUGGUCUUAGCUACAAACCCUCUUCUAGAAUCCUUUGGCUGUGCCAAAACUUUAAGGAACGACAACUCCUCAAGACAUGGCAAAUACCUUGAAAUUAAUUUCAACACUGCUUUUCAACCAAUAUCCGCUUCAAUCACAAAUUAUCUUCUAGAAAAACAAAGAGUAGUUCAACAAAUCAACAAUGAAAGAAACUUCCAUAUUUUCUACCAAUUCACCAAAAGUUGCUCCGAGGAAUAUAGAAAACUAUUCGGUGUUCAACAACCUGAUCAAUACUACUACACAAAAACCUUAAUCUCCGUAGAUUCCGUCGAUGAUCAAAAUGAUUACAACCAAACUCUAUUAGCAAUGCAAACCAUAGGUCUAAAUAAACAAGAACAGGACCAGAUUUUCAGAUCUUUAGCUGCCAUCCUCUGGAUAGGUAACAUCACCUUUAUCGAAAACAACGACGGUAACGCUGCUGUAGCCGACUCCUCCGUAACUCAGUUUGUUGCUUACCUUUUAAACGUCGACGAUCAAGUUCUAACAAAAGCUGUCACUGAGAGAAUCAUGGAAACAAACCACGGCAUGAGAAGAGGCUCAAUCUACCAUGUUCCUCUAAACAUCGUUCAAGCCACCGCUGUUCGAGACGCUCUAGCCAAGGGCAUUUACAACAACUUAUUCGAAUGGAUCGUUCAAAGAGUUAACAAAUCCUUGCACACUUUAAACCAACCAACCCACAGAUCAAUUGGUAUUCUAGAUAUCUAUGGCUUUGAAAUCUUCCAAAACAAUUCCUUUGAGCAAUUGUGUAUCAACUAUGUCAACGAAAAACUACAACAAAUUUUUAUCCAAUUGACCUUAAAAGCUGAGCAAGAAGAAUAUGUCAACGAAAAGAUCAAAUGGACUCCAAUCGACUACUUCAAUAAUCAAAUUGUUUGCGAUCUAAUUGAAAGCAAAAGACCCCCCGGUGUCUUUGCUGCUUUAAACGAUGCCUGUGCCACUGCUCACGCCGAUUCAAAUGCUGCUGAUCAAUCCUUUGCUCAACGUUUAAAUAUGGUUGCUCAAAACAAACAUUUCGAACUAAGAUCUGGCAAAUUUAUCGUCAAACAUUACGCUGGUGAUGUUACCUAUAGCAUCAACCAAAUGACUGAUAAAAACAAGGAUCAAAUGUUAAAGGAUCUACUCAACUUGCUACAAAGCUCUACUGAUCCAUUUUGGAAUGUUUUAUUUCCCCAAUCCCAAAACACUGAUUCAAAAAGAAGACCUCCAACUGCUGGCGAUAAAAUUAAAGUCAGCGCUAAUCUAUUAGCUGAAACUCUAUCAAAGGCUACUCCAUCCUAUAUUCGUACAAUCAAACCAAAUCAAAAUAGAGCCCCUCUAGAAUAUACUGAAAAACAAGUCUUACAUCAAAUCAAAUAUCUCGGACUAAAAGAAAACGUUCGUAUCAGAAGAGCAGGUUUUGCUUAUCGUACCACUUUUGAAAAUUUCGCUGAACAAUUUUAUCUACUAUCUUCAAAAUGCUCUUAUGCCGGUGAAUAUAUUUGGAAUGGAGAUUCUCGUUCUGCUUGUAUUCAGAUUUUAAAUGAUUCUGCUGUAACCUCCGAUGAUUUCCAAAUGGGUGUCACAAAAAUAUUUAUUAAAAAACCUGAAACUCUAUUUGCUUUAGAACAUCUAAAAGAUUCUUAUUGGGAAAAUAUGGCUAAGAGAAUACAAAGAGCCAUUAGGAGAUAUCUAAAACAGAAAAUUGACGCCUGUAUAGUUCUUCAAAGAAAAUGGAGAGAAGUUAGAAAAGGUGGAAAUCAAUAUGAACAAUUAAGAAACUACGGUAAUUCAUUAUUGCAAUCUAGAAAAUCCAGAAGAAGAAUGUCCUUGUUAGGCUCAAGAGAAUUUUUAGGAGAUUAUUUAGGUUUCAAUGACUAUACUGGUGGAAUAGGAAAAUUUAUUAAAAACCAAAUUGGAAUAUCUGAUAAAGUCAUUUUCUCAAUGAAAGGUGAAAUCUUGCAUAGAAAAUUCGGUCGAUCUGCCCAAAGACUACCCAGAUAUAUUGUCAUUACUGAAUCUGCAUUUUAUUUAAUCGUUGCUUCAAUGAUAGAUAAUAACCUCACACACACCAUUGAAACUUCAAUUCGUAUUUCUGACAUUGCAAGGGUAUCAUUAACAAACUUACAAGAUGACUGGAUCGCUCUAAUAUUAAACUCUUCACCUAUUCCUGAUCCUAUAGUAAAUUGUGUUUUCAAAACUGAACUAAUAACUCAUUUAAAAAAACUCAACCCUUCCUUAGAAAUUAAAAUUGAUACUGCUAUUGAAUAUCAUAAAAAACCUAAAAAAAUGAACAAAAUUUUGGGUGUCAUUGAUUCCCAAGCUCCUGAAUACGGCGAUAUUUAUAAAUCUUCAAAGAUUAUGGUUCAAGAAGGUAUUAGUGGAAAAACACCACAGAAAGAAAAACCCAAAAAGAAACCUUCGGAACUAAUAAAUGGAAAUUUUAUUCAACCACACAAAACAAGAAAAGUGCCACCUGCCCCACCAGCUGGUAAUGGAUUUUUAAACCAAAAAAAAAAUAAUAUUCCUGCAGCCCCACAGGUGGAUAUUAGACCUAUUCAGAAUAAUCAAAAUUCACGGGCACCACCUAUAAAUAAUGGUUUAAAUAACUUGAAUUCAAUGGGAAUACCACUGCCCCCAGUGAAAAGAAAACAAGUUCCACCUCGACCAAUGAGGCCAGCUAAACCUGCACAAAGACCAAUACCUAAAACAAAAAAAGCUGCGCCAAAACCUCCUACGAGAAAAAACGUAUCAUCUGCAGUGCCACCACCUCCUCCUCUACCAGCAGUUUUAGAGCCUAAAUAUCCUACAUAUAAAGCUGCAUAUGAAUUCAAAGGUAGUUCUGCCUCUGAAAUGCCUUUACAGGUUGGAGAUGUUAUAUAUUUUACUAAAACUGAACAAAAUGGUUGGUGGCUCGUCAAAUCUUUAGAUGAAACAAAAGAGGGUUGGGUUCCUGCAGCUUACUUGGUUCAAUGUGAUCCACCGUCAAGUCUUCAAUUUUCAAGCGCUUCAACUGUUAAUUCAAUUCCCCAGGCUCCAUCUCUGCAGCAACAGACCAAUGAUACGCCGGUUACUUCAUACAAUUCUAGUUCUAACACUCAAUCAACCAAUUCAAAUCCUCUAGCAAAUAGUUUAGAAGAGGCUUUAAAAAAGAGAAGAAAUAGUUCGAGCAGCGAAGAAAAGGAUGAUGAUGAUUGGUAA